AUGCUUCGCCAGUCCUUCCUCAAGAGCAGCAAGCUCACCCGGCCCGCGCUGGCCACCCCCAUCCGCACCUUCACCGUCUCAGCUCGCACCAUGGCCGAGGGUGACACCGGUGCCCCGCCCAAGACUGGCCAGGCCGACGCCUUCCAGAGACGUGAGCGUGCCUCCGAGGACUACGCCAUCCGCCAGCGUGAGAAGGAGAAGCUGCUGGAGCUCAAGAAGAAGCUUGCCGAGCAGCAGGCUCACCUGCAACAGCUGUCCGACCACAUCGACGAGAUCACCAAGAACCAGGGUGGUGAGCACAACUAA